AUGGCUAUUAAUUCCUUUCAUUAUUCUCUGUUUCUCAUAACAAUCUUUUUCUCAUCAUCCAAAUUAGCCAACGCCGACAACAACGCACAAAACUUCCACUACUUCUGUAAUUUCAACAACACAGGUAACUACACAGACAACAGCAUCUACCACACAAACCUCAAAACCCUUUUAUCAACUCUCACUUCCAACACACAAAUCAACUACGGUUUCUACAAUUUCUCAAACGGCCAAAACACAAACAAAGUAUACGCUAUUGGUCUCUGCAGAGGCGAUGUUAAGCAAACCGAGUGUCUUAACUGCCUCAAAGCUUCAACCAACAAUCUCACACAGCUUUGUCCUAACCAAAAAGAAGCAAUUGGUUGGUACGAGGAUGAAAAGUGCAUGUUGCGUUAUUCAGACCGAUCCAUAUUUGGUCUCGAAAAAACUGGACCUGCUUAUUUUGCAUGGAAUUUGAAAAACGCAACAAAUGAAAACGAGUUUAAUAAAAGGGUCAAAAAUUUGUUGGAUGGUUUAAGAAACAUAGCUUCAUCAGGGGACAGUGACCUUAAAUAUGCUGUUGGAAGUGAUAACUUUGGUCUGAAUAAUAAUGAAACAUUAUUAUAUGGUCUUGUUCAAUGCACACCUGAUUUGUCGAAAACAUCGUGUGAUGAUUGUUUGGUUCAAUCUAUCAAAGAAGUUCCAAAUUGUUGUAACAAUAGGAUAGGUGUUAGAAUAGUUAGACCUAGUUGUAAUUUGAGAUUUGAAAUCAAUUCACCCUUCUACCAAACUACUACACCAGAUUCACCGUCACCAUCGCCAUCACCGCCACCAUCAACGGUGCCAUCAUUCUCAGCUCCUCCUCCGUUUGCACAAAACACUGCUUCCUCUCCCUCUUCAGAUAAGGGCAACUCCUCAAAAUAUGCAGUUGGUAUAAUCCAGUUGAUGCUGUUUAUAUUGUGUUCAUUGUUAUCAUCUUUUUGA